AUGAAUUCUAAAGAGAGGAGGUUACCCAUUAUUGAUCUCAAUAAAAUAUCUGAUGAACAAGAACUUCUUCCUAUUAUUAGAUCAAUUCUGUUGAGAAACGAUACUUUUUUAAUUAAGAAUUUUGCUAAUAGAAAUAUAAUUGAUGGUUUAUUGGAUGACUUAAGUCAAACUCUUCCUGAUUUAAAUCAAGGUUUUGAUUCUAAUUUUACAGGGACCAUAAAGUUACCUGACUACAGUGAUGACAUACAUGUGGAACAAUACAUUUUUAAUACAGAUACUACAAUACAAUUUAAUAGAGAAUGUGAAAAUAUUGCUUUAAGAAAAUUAUAUAAUAGGCUUUUUAGACUUUCAUUGUUUUUGAGUUCAGUGUGCUUGAAAAGUAUUGGUCCUGAAUUUGAGAAGCUAAUAUCUGAGGAGGCAUACAGUACAAAAUUAACCAGAUAUUAUUUGGACAGUGAAUACAAUAGGAAAGUAAAUGAAAAUGAAGAUAAUAGAUUAGAUAUUAAUGAUAUUCUGCCUUAUGAUAUAUUAGUGGAAUCGAUGUUUUCACAAACAUAUGAACUAUUCAACUCAUCAGGAAUAAUAAGCAUUUUCCCAGUUGCAUCAGAAAUUAUGUAUAAACCCCAGACAGUUAGUGUAUCAGAUAAUACAAAUUGGGCUAAUGUAAGUGAUACUGAUUCGAUAUUAGUACACUCAGGAGAACUGUUAUCAAUUCUAUCUGGCAAUUUGUAUACAACAUCGCCUUUAAAAAUUAAUUACGGCUUUAAUAAAUUAGUUCAUUUGACAUUUUAUCCUCCUUUAAGUACACCAAUAAAUUAUAAUGGAAAGGAAACAACUGUUAAUGAUAUUUUGUUUGAAAACCAAAUAAAAGAAUUUCCCAUAGUUGCUGAUAAAUUUUAUAAAAGUAAAGUAAUGCUUAAUGCAUUAGUUGAAAAACUUAACUUUUAUAAAAGGCUAUUCACAACUGCAGAGGCAGUGUUAUCAUUAUAUUUACUUUCUAAAAGUACAGGUGCCUCUCCUGAACUUCAUUCGAUAUUACCUCAAAUGACCAACAUGAUGGCUGCUAAAAUUACUGAAGAAUCUUUUUUAAGGAUGUUGAGUAUUUGGCCAGAAGCCUAUACUCUAUCAAAUAAUAGUAAUCAGGAACUUACAGUUGAUAUACCUAAAUUGAACCCAUUGGCAACUUUGACUAGUAAAUCUAGGAAAUUAGAUUUUGUUCAUCACGCUGAGAAAUGGUUACAAAAGCAUAAAACAAGUGAACCUAUCCCAUCAGAUGUUCCUAUUUUAAAAUAUAAUAAAAGAAGACUUAGUGACUCUAAUACUAAAAAACAGAAGACUCCAGAUUUGAGGAAUGGAAAAACAGUUGAAAAUUUGAAAACUUCUAACCUCAGUUCUAAUGAUAAUAAUAAACGUCAAUAUCUUCAUAAUACACGAGAAGAACUGGAGUUUAAGGAAAGGGAAGUUUCAUCUCAAUCAGAUCUUCUAAAAAAGAUUAGAGCAAAAUCCAAGAGAUCAGAAGCUUUAUUAGAACAAAGACAACGUCAAUAUGAGCAGUUUUUAGCUGUGAAAAUGAGACACAUUCUUAAAAUUAUUUCCAGCCUACCUUGGGACAAACCAUACACUAUCACAAGUUUAACUUCAUUAAUUGUAGAUAGUUUACAAGAUAGUAAUAACCCUAUUGGCUUAACGGAAACGGAAGAUAUAUUGCUUAGAUUUCAAAAAUUAAUUCCAGAUAUGAUGGGAAUCUAUUCAGUUGCUGGUGGGUUAAAGGUAUUUAAGUGGUCUUAUUUAGACAAAGAAUUGGUCGAAAAAAGAUUAGAAGAUUUCAAAAAAAUAAAAACUAUAUUGGUAUGGAAUAAAUAA